AUAUUCCAAUUGGAACCAAACUUAUUUUGUUAUUAAAACAAUUGUUAAUUUAAAUUUUAAUCUCUUACAUAAAAUGUUCGUUAAAGUAAAAUUUGAUGCCGAUGGAAACGCAAGCUUGAAGCCGGAAAUGUUCGAGCUCAAGAACAAUGCGACCAUCGGUGAAUUGAAGCAAAAACUGGAGGUGAAGGUGGGUCUUCCAUUGGCUCGACUGAACGUAAAGAGCUUCCACAAGUCUCUCGAAAACGAAGAAUACAUUACCAAUCUGCUCCGCGUCCAAGACAAAAACGAUUCCACUUCCCCGGCGACGACGCUUAAUGGCACAGCCUUUUCGCUGUAUCACGAGAAAUCAUUCGUGGGCUUUCUUCAGUUCUAUACUAUUCCUGAGGGAAAAAGCCAACAAGACUUUCUCAACUUGCCCAAGAGCUCUAUGCUUCUGCCUGUCGACAGGCUACCUCAUUUCUGUGAGGCGUCCGACUCUCAGGAUUCCUCCGCAUCGAGUGCGUCCAACAAGACGAACACCAGCUUUGAAUCCGCCAGCACGAGCGCCAGCUCGGAAGCGCGAAAGAGGCGGGUAAGCGCCUCCGAUGAAGAGUCUGCCGCUAAAAGAAUUAGGAGCAACCUAAUGAAUGUGGUCAAAGUGAUUCCGCAGCAGAAUCUGCUCUCUGACAAGCCACCCGGAAGCAUGGACUCCAUUUUUGGUUCCAAGAUACAAGUAAUGGCGUGCAAGUCAGAGCCGAGCACCAGCAGCAGCGCAGUGGAGCAACUGGCCGAGUGCAAAAAUAGAAAAACGGACUGCUGCAUGCCGAAGAAUUGUAGAAAGAGGGAUACCAGGCCGCCGUAUGCGAACACAAUGCCCGAGAACCGGCGAUACGGUCUGGUAAUAACCAACCAGAAUCCGGACGCGGACGGUGUGGACACCCUUGCCCUGAUGGACCACUUUCAUUCUCUAUUCGAGGAGAGCGGAGCGAGCGUUAGCGAACUCAAUUUCAGUGAGUGUGCUUCAACGCAGACAUUCGACUCCAGCAUGUUGGUGGUCUGCGAGGAUGAGGAAACGGCCCAAUGGGUCAUGUCAGCCGUCGAUGGUAUGUGCCCGCCGCACUCCUGCCAGCCUUUAAUCGAGUUCUUUGGCCUCCUGAGGACGACGUUCGUCCUGCCGCUGGUCAGCCCGAGCAAGUCGCUGUGUGUGAUCUUCGCGUUACUGGAGUCGCAGAACCCGGGCCUAGACACCAACAAGUGGGCCGUGGUCAAGCGCUCCACCCUGGACUGCAAUGAUGUGGAGCGGCAGGUCGCUCAGUUUUGCGACAACGUCGUUAUAGAGGUGUAUAUCGACGAGGAAAGUAAGGAAUUCAUCACCGAACGUUGCUCCAAACUUCGCUACUGCUUCUGGCAACUUCGUUUUAGUUUCGAUUGUUGAACGUUUUUGGUUUUCCAAAGUUAAAAAAUUAAAAGUGAAUGAAAGUUGUUAAAAUCCAAGC